CAGCACUCUGGUCAAUCUCUUUAUAAAAACCACACUCUUCUUUCCUUACACCCUUCUUGCACACUCUCUCCGAUUCGUCAAGUUCUAGACUGCGAGAGAUUCCUAGCAACUUCCAUUCUCAGCUUUUGUUAUAAAUCUUGAAAAUGGGUAAGGAGAAGGUUCACAUCAACAUUGUGGUUAUUGGCCAUGUCGACUCCGGAAAGUCAACCACCACUGGACACUUGAUCUACAAGCUUGGAGGUAUUGACAAGCGUGUGAUCGAGAGGUUUGAGAAAGAGGCUGCUGAAAUGAACAAGAGGUCAUUCAAGUAUGCCUGGGUGCUUGACAAACUCAAGGCUGAGCGUGAACGUGGUAUCACCAUUGAUAUUGCCUUGUGGAAGUUUGAGACGACCAAGUACUACUGCACUGUCAUUGAUGCUCCUGGACAUCGUGACUUUAUCAAGAACAUGAUCACCGGUACCUCACAGGCUGACUGUGCCGUCCUUAUCAUUGACUCCACCACUGGUGGUUUUGAAGCUGGUAUUUCCAAGGACGGUCAAACUCGUGAGCAUGCCCUUCUUGCUUUUACCCUUGGUGUCAAGCAGAUGAUCUGCUGCUGUAACAAGAUGGAUGCCACAACCCCAAAAUACUCCAAGGCAAGGUAUGAUGAAAUCGUGAAGGAAGUCUCUUCCUACCUGAAGAAGGUUGGGUACAACCCUGACAAGAUCCCCUUUGUCCCCAUCUCUGGUUUUGAGGGUGAUAACAUGAUUGAGAGGUCUACCAACCUUGACUGGUACAAGGGGCCAACCCUCCUUGAGGCUCUUGAUCAAAUCAAUGAGCCCAAGAGGCCCACAGACAAACCCCUCCGUCUGCCACUUCAGGACGUGUACAAGAUUGGUGGUAUUGGAACUGUCCCAGUGGGUCGUAUCGAAACUGGGGUCCUCAAGCCUGGUAUGGUUGUUACAUUUGGCCCCACUGGACUGACCACUGAAGUUAAGUCUGUUGAGAUGCACCAUGAAGCUCUCCAGGAGGCUCUUCCUGGUGACAAUGUGGGUUUCAACGUUAAGAAUGUUGCUGUCAAGGAUCUCAAGCGUGGUUUUGUUGCAUCUAACUCCAAGGAUGAUCCUGCCAAGGAGGCUGCUAACUUCACCUCUCAGGUCAUCAUCAUGAACCACCCUGGCCAGAUUGGUAACGGUUAUGCUCCAGUGCUUGACUGCCACACCUCCCACAUUGCUGUCAAGUUCUCUGAGAUCUUGACCAAGAUUGACAGACGAUCUGGUAAGGAGCUUGAGAAGGAGCCCAAGUUCUUGAAGAAUGGUGAUGCUGGUAUGAUUAAGAUGAUUCCCACCAAGCCUAUGGUUGUUGAGACUUUCUCAGAGUACCCACCACUUGGUCGUUUUGCUGUUAGGGACAUGAGGCAGACUGUGGCCGUUGGUGUCAUCAAGAAUGUUGAGAAGAAGGAUCCAUCAGGUGCCAAGGUCACCAAGUCUGCAGCAAAGAAGAAGUGAGAUGUUUUGGAGGUCUACCGUAGCUAGGCUUGUAUUCUGAAUUUUGUUAAUUUGGGUCUGUUUUUGUUUAAUUUUGUUGUUUUGUGGACAGCGUUUAUAUGCAUGCUUCCAUUACAUAACCGGUAGAGUUGAGCAUUUGGCUAUUAUCUGGGUGCUCAAUUUUGCUGUGAUGGAAGUCGGGAUUUUCUGUUUCUUUAUUGGGUUUCUAAGAUAGCUUUAAAAUUAGGUGUGAAGUUGAAUGUCCAAACUCAAUGGUUUUAAUUUAUUACCUAAUUUUUCAUUUUA